GAGCGCCGGAGAAAGCCGAGACGGACCCCGGAAGCGCCGUCGUUACUGCCCGCCGUCUGUCAGAGCGAUGUGUCGCCGCUGCAGACACGGCUGCGUGGGAGCUGGAGUUUCGCUGAAACGGGACAUUAAGAUGUAUCACGAGGACGAAACAAACCAGGGACGUUAAAGGUGGUGACCUACAUGUCAGUCCACAUGUGUAUUUACUUCCCCGUGCUGGUCCAGGAGGUGUACAUCCCAGCAUGCUAUUGUGAAGAGGACACCCAUUAGAGCAGGAUGCAGUCUUCAAACCACCGACUGCGAGACAUGGAGCAGCACCACCCGCUGCUGUCGGCAGGUGCCGAUGUGGAGGCGGGGAGCCUGGCAGCCGGGGUGAUGGUCGGGAGUCCCCACGCGGGCCACACUGCUGGUAACCGCACACUGUGGUUCAUCCAGGACAGCUGUGGUAUGGUGUGUGCAGGCAUUACCUGGUUCCUGGUGCUCUACGCCGAGUUUGUGGUGAACUUCGUCAUGCUGCUUCCCGCCAAGAACUUCUGGUACUCCCUCCUGAACGGGGCCACCUUCAACUCCCUGGCUGUGCUCGCAUUGGCCUCCCACCUGCGGACCAUGUUGUCUGACCCGGGGGCAGUUCCUAAGGGUAACGCCACCAAGGAGUACAUGGAGAGCUUGCAGCUGAAGCCUGGUGAGGUCAUCUACAAGUGCCCCAAGUGCUGCAGUAUCAAGCCUGAGAGGGCACACCACUGCAGUAUUUGUAAAAGAUGUAUCCGGAAGAUGGAUCACCACUGUCCCUGGGUCAAUAACUGUGUUGGAGAAAAGAAUCAGAGAUUUUUUGUUCUUUUCACUAUGUACAUAGCCUUGAUUUCUGCCCAUGCCCUGGGCCUCAGUGGAAUGCACUUCUUCAACUGUGUUAAAGUCCAGUGGAAUGAGUGCAGUGAUUUCUCUCCAGGGGUUUCUGUGCUGCUCCUGAUCUUCCUCUGUCUCGAAGCCAUUCUCUUCCUCACUUUCACAGCCGUAAUGUUUGGUACGCAGAUCCACUCCAUCUGCAAUGACGAGACGGAGAUUGAACGUCUCAAAAAUGAGAAGCCCACGUGGGAGCGCCAAGUAAGAUGGGAAGGAAUGAAAUCCGUGUUUGGGAGUCCGCCUUCUUUGCUGUGGUGCAAUCCUUUCACAGGCUUGCGUCUGCGGCGCGUGCUGCUGUUGACCCACAGUCGCCGCGCCGGGUCUGAGUUUUCUGUCUGAGAACACGAAAGCCUGACCCAGCUCAUCGAAACUUGAACGUCUCUGAACUGAAGCAAGAUUUCUUGUAUUCCCUCCUUUGGCGUUGGGCUAAGAUGGACCCCUGCUGCCUGAGCCCGUCUUUCAUGUGGGGGUGACAGGGAGUCUGGCUGCUCCAGUGGGACCCCGGUGAAUCAAUCAACCGCCACUGAGAGUUGGUUUUCUCACUCCUACAUGCUGAUGUUGACCCAACACCUCUGGUCUGCACGAGUAUGCUGAACAAAUGGAAUAUUGUUUUUAAGUUGAGCAGGUUUUUGGUCCGUUUGUGUUUUUUAAUCAAAGCAUGCAGUAAGUAACACAAGUGAAUCUUUUAUUCCUUGUGAGUCCAUCCAGGGUGCUGUUUGAACACCACAUAUGCACCUUCGAUACCCAACUUCAGCAGUUUGUUUUUCGCUGCUGCGCACAUGAGAUUCAAGAUUUGAAUUUUUCGAGGGGAGAUCGGCGACAUAUCCUUCAUCAUCACUGGAGACCAGACAAGUGAAUCUAAAUGGGAAAGUGCUUGGAACUGUUGUUGUUGGACGCAGAUACGUGAAUCACGAGUGGAGCAACUACUCACACGGCACUUGAGAAAAUGCCUGGAUGUGGAACACAGAGGACUUCUGACAUUAAAAUGUGCUGCCUUGAUUUUUCUGUUUGACGGCUCAAUCAGUCGGUAUCUCAUCCUCAGACGAAUGAACAGGCUGCUGUGAACACAAGCCUCAUUCUUAUUCAAGAGGACUGAGUGGCCUUUCCUCUCUGUUCAUCUCCUUUUGUCACGGUUUUCCUGCCUUGGCCUGAAAUUGUUAUUCUUUUCAUGUUAGUCAAGCCAGUAUAGAUUAUUUUUAAACUGCUGAAGCUUCUGUAAUUUUCAUCAACGUGACCACUUCACAACAGACGACCAUGAUGACUACUGUUAUUCUGAAUACUCAUUUGAAUCAUCAUGCUGCUUAACGUCUCACUGUCUAGAAGUGAUUGGUGACCCACAGACCAAUCAUACGCCUCCCUGUGUGUGUAUGUUGUUUUUUUUUCUAUAACCAAGUGAUUCAGGUGAAACAACUUUGGCUGCUGAAAAGACCGAAUGUUAUCAAGUUUGAAUUUGUUUUAUUUCUGCAGUUUUGCUGUGUGUGGAAAGCUGGAGGCUUCUUCUGUGUUAAGUUGGAAUUCAUAUGCAAAGGAAAGUUUGGUAAGACUCCAUAGCAUUUAAACCCUGGAAAACAACCCUGCAGACCUCCUCAAGACAGAGCCAAGUCUCAGACGUGAGGGCUUUGCAUGCUCACUUGCCACCCAGUGGUGCAACAUUGUGAAAAGGAGAAUUUUAACAUACCAGUACGACCUCCUCUACGACCUCCUCUGGCUCAUUGUGAGCUCGUUCACAUCCACAGAGCCGAGCUCCAUUGUGCGACCAGCCUGUCGAGUAAUAAGGGAGCUGCUCUGCUGAAAGAGGCUGAGGUACUGGGCUCAUUAUACAGACUUUGUUACUGAACAAAGUCUCUGGGAGCUCGGCAGAUGCUUGUGAGGCCUUUUCCUCCUUGACUCCAGAAAUGUUGGGCCCGUAACUUCCUGUGGCAGGACAGUAGCAGAUACUUCCCUGGUGUUGCUAGGACACUCACUCCAUGCCUUCGAAAUCAUUGUCAAGUGAAUUUAUUAGCUUGAAAGAUUUAGUCGUUAUUGCCAUAUUUACAAAAGUAUUUUCUCACCCUGUGGCAACUAUGUCUCCUGUUUUUACUCUGCAUAAGUACUGGACUUUUGUUUGCACUGGAUGAAUGUGGCUUGUUUCAAAUCAAGAGUUCAAGAUUUAAACUCAAGGCGUGACUGUCGGGCUGGUAUUGUCAAAGUGUUGUUAAAGCUAGAGGCUCAUUUUUAUGUUGUGUUGGACAACGUACUGCUGUUUGUUCUCAUCUGUGGUUGUCAGGAGAAGAAACUCGAUCUCCACUGUUUACACUUAAUGAUGAUAUCUGACGCUCGGUGACCAUCAUGCUUUUAGACACGAGCUGUCUGUAAAACUGAAAUAUUUUGGGACUAUUGGACACCUCACUGAAAGCUAACUGACAUCAGGGGAUAUGCAUUAAUGCUGGCCUCUUAUUUCUAGUGUUUUUCUGCAAGACUGCAUCAAUUCAGCAAUCACUUUCCUGUUCAAACAAUGCCGUUCUGUGUCUGUAUUCAGCAUGGUUUCAUACAGCAAGGCCCAUACCCUAACAAACUCAGUUUGCUUUUUAUUGUAUGAGUAGGAAAGUGAAGUUAAGCCUGGCACACACAAAAACCAUAGGCAUUAGACAGAUUGUAUUGUAUUGUAAGGCUUCUCAGAAGACAUCGGGGAAAAAAUAUAUAAUUCCGUUUAGUUUUGCAGAUGCACCAAUAUCUUGCUUAUCAAGCUAUGGCUGUUAUGUAUAGAAAUAGUCUACAGGUAAUAAUGUUAAAGUGACAGUUGGAGCCGGUCAGAGGCCUGGAAGCCCAUAAACACAAAAUGUCUUUGCAGUACAAGUAAAUAUCUGAGGUCUGACCUGAGGGAACAGUGGCAGGAAUAACACACUGUUAGACUUUGGCUUGUAUUUGAAGGAAGGAACAGAACAUCAGAACUGAUUAUGGAUUGACAAAUAUUAUGUGUUGACUGGGUAUAAAUAUUUGACCGAGCUUGGUUGAUGUAUACGACUACUUCACGAUAGGAAAGUUCUAUUUCAUGACCAAACUCAGAUGGUACAAUCAUCAUGUCUUAAACUGGGAUUCUGUUACAGUUUUACAUUAAGCAAUAGAAUCGGUUGAAUUAUCAUUUUUUAAAGGGUUAUACCAGUAAAUGGGUUUUGAGCGAUUCUCCGCUGUGUCGUCUGACCAAGAAAAAACGUAAUCAUUAUGGGGAGAGAACUGUAUGAUGUGCGAGAACUGUGUGGUGUGCGAGAACUGUGUAAACUGAUACAACACUACUAUGUCAAAGGUUUUUCUCACACCAGUUGGGGAUUUGUGUUGAAAAUAUAGGAUGAAGAGAAUGUUGUGAUGUGUAGUAGUGAUUUUUAACUGGCUGGAUGUUUAAUGACGGAUUCAACAUUAACAUUGCCACGAAAGGUUGAGGAAGAUUUUAUUUCCUAGAACAUUUCUCCAAGAACAAAAGUCUUUCAGCUUUAUAAACAAAUUAUAAAAGUUCAUAUUAACAAUAUAUAUAAAUGGAAUGUUUUAUUCAAGCUUUUUUAAUUAAUGUGUCAUAAUGUCUUCUAUCUUUAAUGUCAUUCUUUUGCAUAUUAAACUUGAUUAAAGUCAAA